AUGCAUGUAAAUAGUUCCAAUAAUCUUCUUGUAUGUGAUUCGGGAAACAACCGUGUUCAGCAAUUUUCUUUAGACGGUCGCUUCACAGGUAAAAGUAACGCUGUUUUACCAGAUCCUGUUGGAAUAACAACAGCACCAGACGGAAGUAUUCUCGUAAGUAGUUAUACAGAAAAGNGAGAAAAUUCUGGAAAAUUUAAGUACCCAGACGGCGUUUCUUUUUUGAACGACAACGAGAUUCUUAUUGCGGAUUGCGGGAAUCAUAGAAUACAACACUUAAACAUCAAGACAGGAAAUGUUGUGAAAACCUUUGGAAAACGCGGUGCAGGAAAAGGAGAGUUUCAGAAUCCAAUUGAUGUUUGUUUGGAUGAUGAAGGACGCAUUGGUGUAGCCGAGUGCAGCAAUAAUAGAAUACAGGUGAUAUCCAAAGAGGGAGAAACUCAUUCCAUAUUUGGAGACAGUGGUCCAGAGAAACUCAACCAACCAGUUAGCUGCAUUGCUAUCAAAAACAUGAUUUUCGUUUCCGAUGGAGAAAAUCACUGCGUUAAAGCUUUUGAUCAGUCAGGAACCUUUUUGUACAAGUUUGGUAAACAAGGGAAUCAAGACGGACAAUUUAGUCUGCCAUACCUCAUGCAUGUAGACAGUUCCAAUAAUCUUCUUGUAUGUGAUUGCGGAAACAACCGAGUUCAGCAAUUUUCUUUAGACGGUCGCUUCACAGGCAAAAGUAACGCUGUUUUAGGAAGACCUCUUGGAAUAACAACAACACCAGAUGGAAGUAUUCUCGUCACUAGUAAUAAACAUAAGAUAGUCUACAUAUUGAAGUAGAUUUUUCAAUUGUCGUUAGUGUUUCAAAUUCACGAACAUUGUGUUUAUUUGGUUUUAAAAAAUUGACGCCAUGUUUCCUUGGCAACGUAACCCUAACUUGCGUUACAAGGUGCUCAAAAGUCAUAAUGUAUACCAGGCCAAAUAGUGUAAAUUAUAUGAGUGUCUUUAUCGGUAUACGAUUUUUUUAUCACACAUUUGUUGACUGAGGUUAUUUAACAUUCGGGCAAAUGAAGUAUGAGUGUAUUGUUAUUUUUUUUUCUUCGAAUUUUUUUAGCAGAGGUUUCAAAAUUGAUUGCCUGUUGAGUCCAAAAGUAAAUAGCAGUUGUGCGUUAUCAUAUUAGCUGAGUUACUUGUUACCUAUAUCUUCUCUCGAUAGAUGUGACAUAAGGACUCGUAUUAUCUUGGUACGCGGUUUUAUCUACUCUCUCCCCAACCCAGAAAAAAAUAAACUAGGUGACCUCGCAAUGAAUUGUACAUUAUUUCAAUGAAAAUUUCAUGUGACAUGAAAUUUUCAGAAAAAUAAAUUCUGAUAAGUUAUGUGUAAUACUUUUUACUGUCUUUAGGUGAGGCAUAGUCAUAUAAUUUGUAUUUGUAGCGCCAGAAACAAUGAAAGAAACUGUUAUUACCUGUAUGUCUGAGACGACUUGUUGCACGUUGUUAGAUUAGGUAUUUGGUACUCCAAAAUGAACGUUUGCACGUUGUAAAAUUUACUUUUUUAAACUUUUGUUCUCUAAAAGCGAAAGCCGGAAAGACGAGUGAUCUUGACUUAGCGAGCUUAAUUGCACUUUUUUGCUGCUGAAAAGGCAAGGGGAAAAGGUAGUUAUGAUUGACGAUGACACUUUUAGACGUGCAACUCAAUUUACUUUUUACUGUCUGA